AGACGAUUUUCAGGCGCCGAUUAAAUGUUCGGUGUCGGUUGUUGCCGUCGUUAAUAUUUGUCGACGCAGGUAUCUGAACACAAUAAACAACAGUUUUAAGAAAAAUUAGAAUAAAAACAUAAAUUAAGCUUAAUUUCUUUAGUAAAAUGGCAGCAAAUCCUGAUGAACCCUUUGAAAAUCCCGAUUUUGACGAAGAAGAGGGAGAGGAACAGUUUGUGCCCACAAAUGCUGGUCGUAAACGUUUGUUCAGCAAGGAAUUGCGUUGCAUGAUGUAUGGUUUUGGUGAUGAUAAGAAUCCUUAUACCGAAAGUGUUGAUUUAUUGGAAGAUUUGGUAAUUGAAUUUAUUACCGAAAUGACACACAAAGCCAUGGAAAUUGGUCGCACUGGAAGAGUACAGGUUGAAGAUAUUAUUUUCUUGGUUCGCAAAGAUCCUCGAAAAUAUGCCCGUGUCAAAGAUUUGUUGACCAUGAAUGAAGAGUUGAAGAAGGCACGCAAAGCUUUUGAUGAAAUUAAAUAUGUUGGCAGUGAGGCCAAAAUUAAAUGACAAAAAUCCAAAUAGCCUACGGUCAACAAUGUUUCUAGUAAAUAAACAAAUUUUUCUUUUUAUAAUUUAAUUGUAUUUCUUUAAUAGUAACAAAAAUAUAUAUACAGCAGUUUUAUUAUUUAA